AUUUUGUUAUUGUGACGUCAUAAACGUAACAAUUUUAUUAAAAUUGAUUUAUAUUUUGAGAAAAUAUCAAUUGCACAGUUUUCACCGCGUGAACAACUAGAUGACAAUUAUGCAGUCGAGAAUGAAUAUUAUGAAAGCUUCUGGGGAUAUGAUGAUCUCACCACUAACGACAACCAAAAAGUGGAGAAGCGAGUACUAUCUCAAUCCAUCAAUCAUUCAAAAACCGAAGCAGGAAUGCUGGCUGAGCACUCAAAGUUCACCUUGCAUCUUGAGUUUGUUCGAAACGAAGCAUGUCGAAUAUCAGAAAAUUAUGGAGAAAAUGGCUAGCGAACCUAUCGUGAUGACGCAAGAUCAGGCAAUUGUUCCGAUAAUGGAAACACGCAGCUAUCCGAAUUUAAGAUCUUUGGAAAGCCUGCAACUGGAGGACGACAUUCUUCGAUUGUCUGAUCAAGAAUCGGUUCAUGAUCCUAAACCACAAGCAGUCGCCCUACCCAUACCGAAUUAUCCGGAAGAAAUAUUUUUAUCGUAUGAAUAUUGCAGCAACGUAGCGGAAAUUCUCAACGUGAUGGUUGACGAACUCAUUGACGAAUGCCUUGAGAAAGCAAGAACAGAGGAAGCAAUGGAGGCAAAACUGAAACCCAUGAAAAUGGAGAACGAGCCAAUCAACACAAGACGUAACCACCGACGUGUUCAUCCUCAACAGAAAGAAAAGGGGAAGAAAUUUCUGAAAUGCUUGUUAUUCCCAUUUGCGCGAUGCUUGGGUUUACAUCGCAAACAUUAACAGAAAAAUUUAAUUAUAAUUGAGUGAGUGCGAGCGUAAGUGACUAUUUAGGGCUAUUUAGGAUUCCAAUACAUGUUAAUUAGUUGAAUUUGAUAAUUGAAAAUUAUGUUCAUUUUCCAUUCAAACUAAUUCGCGCACCCAAUCCUGUACAGAUAAACUCGGCUCAACUUACAACUCUGUGUCGAUAGUAUUUUAUAUAGGUAGUAUUAGGAUUAUACUUUGUAUUUAUCCCACUGGUAAUCGAAUGCUUGCCCAUUCUCCACACCUGGUCUGGUUAGGUGGGUAUUCAUUCUGGAUGCAUAUAAGUAGUAAUUGUUGGGGGAUGUACCUCUCAACAUGUACCUCUCAACUUACAGUGGUAUGAUUCUAAUUCUGUUUUAACGUAGUGGCAAACGCAUCUAUCAUCUAGCUAAAGACCCUUAAAGUCUUAACCCUGUUUGGCACAUAUAUAUAUAUAGUUCUAUGUUACGAAGUUUACCAAUUUGAAAGCAGCCGAAUGCUCUGUCAAUAAUGUCGCAACUUUGGUCGCGAUGACUCAGUGAUUAGUGCGUUUGCAUAAGAUGUUGGUAUCGCAUUCGUAUUAAAAUCUCGAACCAAGGCUAGUCCGUUGUUCAAGCUCACCGAUAAAGCAAAGGUUAGGUCAUAAGAAAUACCGUCAAUCUGAGAAUUAUUAAUGGUUAAUUUAUUUAUAAAAAGUCCAGUCAUCUUCUAAAUUCGAUUAUUGUACUUUAUUUUAACAAUUGAUUCACAUUGGUGCGUAUGUUAAAAACAAUGUGUUGUAGCAAUUUUCGCAAAAAUUCCCGAAUGAAUUAUCAUAAAUUUUUAGGCGAUAUUCAUCAAUCUUUCAUUUAUUUUGUACCAAAAAUUAAGGCAACAACAGAACAUCAUUAAUAAAUGUUUUCAAAUAUCAAAACCCAGCAUAAACAUUCAUUCAAUCAACAGUGUUUCCAACGACAUGGUGGUUUCACCUUGAGGCUUAUGACGAGCCUGACUAGUUACGGAAAUGCUUUGUUUGGAUAAUGUUCCUACUUGGAUGUGAAAUGUUUCUGUAUGGCCAAUUGAGCCUUGAGAUUUUUUAUUUUUUAUACUGAAAAUCUGACUAUUUACAGAAACAACUUGCAGACAGUAGUGUUGCUGUAUUGUUGUUCAUGUUGUUGACAACAGCUUCUUUUCUGCAAUUGUUAGACCAAUCCCUUUAGUUCAAAGUAGAAUAGUUUUGUUUUCUGAAAGUCUUUUACUUUGAUUUGGUUUCAAAUUAUUUUUGGACUGUCCUAAUUAGUGCCAAUUGUUCUAUUCCAAAUUUGGCUAAUUUCGAAGAGUUACACCAACACGCGGGUUUUUCAUCCUAAAUUGGUCCAAGUUAUUCUCACCGAACGGUGUAUGAUUACCUGGCGAUCCCCCGUUCACGUGGUCUGUCGAAUGUCCAUACGAUACCAACGUAGUCAGUGCAACGCCAUAACCACAACACCAUCGCUCCUAAGAACGAUUGUAAUACUACUAAGUCUUCAUUUGCUUGCAUUUAUUGCAGUGUUAUUAUUGAACCAUUUCGCAAAUGUGAAAUUGCUUUAUGUAUUAUAUCGUACUAUGAUUGCAUUAUGGAUGUAGUUUACAAUUUGUUGUUGUUUGCUACAAUUUGAAUU